UCUCUCUCUCUUCUAUCUUCUCAGUUCUUACUAAUUGACCGUUGCCAACGUCCACUUGGCAAAUAAACCCCCCAGCUCAACCUCUUGCUUCCUCGUCUCCAACCAUGGAAAGAAACUGACUUAAUCUUCGAUCCAAGAUCGUCAUGAAUCUUGAUUCCCUCGAAUCUUGAUAAAAAUCCUCGAUAUCUGUUUUGGGUUUUCUUCCGUUUUGAUUAUCUUUCUCCAACAAUUUUGUUUUCAAGGCAUGGCUGCUUUAGCACCGGGAAUUCUUUUGAAGCUUCUUAAUGGAAUGAAUACAGGGACGAAGCCCACCAGCGAGCACCGGAGCUCGCUCUUGCAGGUGACUGAUAUCGUCCCGGCGGACCUCGACGAGAAGAAUCUCUGGCCAACGCAAGGCUUCUUCAUUAAAGUCUCGGAUUCUUCUCACUCAAUUUACGUCAGUCUUCCUUCUGAACAAGAUGAUUUUGUUCUCAGUAAUAAAAUGCAGCUUGGUCAGUUCAUCUACGUUGACCAUUUAGAGCCCGGGUCUCCGGUCCCAGUCAUUAAAGGGGCCAAACCACUCCCUGGUCGACACCCAUUCAUGGGAACACCAGAACCAUUGAUGGGUCUUAGAGAGAGAGGAGAGAGAGGUGAACAAAAGUCUAAUUCAAAGGCUUCAGCUCCAAGAAGGGGUUCUUGGGGACUAGGGAAAAAUGGGGUAGAAGAUGGCGUUUCAUCACCGUUGGUUCUUAAGCCGGUUCCUUUAGAUUUCGACCAGUGUACACCGGUGAAAGAGCGGCCGGCGAGAGGUAUGAGUAGUCUCUCAAUGUCUCCGAUGAUCAGAGGAAGAGCAGGAAAGGAUGGUAACUCCAGUGCCAUCGGAAUUCGGUGCUCUUAUGGGGGUGGACUUUUGGCUAAGAUGGUGGAUUCCAAAGGAGAAAGUCCUGCAUUGUUAAGGAAAAGUUGUGCUGUUCCUUCUUCAGUUGGGAAAUUUCCAAGAAGCAGGAGUGUCUGCGAAAGAGAGCCAAGAGUCCCAAUUAGUCCCUUCAACUCAGCUGAUAAGAAAAGCUCAACUCCACCACCAAGAUUGCGGAAUACAAAAGUAGCAACUCAACUCAACAUGGCUGGAGAGGCUCAAAACUCCUCCUCCAACACUAAAUCGACUACUCAGCCACAAUUUCAACAUGUUAAUAACAUAUCACCUCAGAGUAACAGCACCGGCCUAUCUAUGAACUUGCCAGGAAAACUUAGCAUUUUGGGCAAGGAAGCUGUUCAGCAGCGUGAAAUGGCGCAGAAGAUUGCCCUUCAAGCACUAAGAGAUGCUUCAGCGACUGAGGCCCUAGUUCGAUCUCUCAAGAUGUUCUCUAACUUGACCAAAACAGCAAAAGCAGAGAACCCAUCAUCCUGCUUCGAUAAAUUUCUUGAAUUUCAUCAUCAAAUUGGCCAAGCAGUGGCCGAAAUGUUGUCACUUCAAGCAGCCACUUCAACUGAAAUGUCUCAAAACUCUGUUGGGAUUAAAAGGAAAGACAAGGACGAAGACAACAACCCUUCUGUUUUAAACGAAAUAGCACACAAUUCUGCUAGCAGCACUGAGUUGAACUGCUCUAAACGACGGUCAGCAUUGUGCAAAUCAGUUACAGGCAUUCCUGAGAAGAGUGAGGAAAAAACAGCAGCUGCUACUGGCAUUGGAAAGCUCCUGAGAUCUAGCAGUGUCAAAAAAGCUUCCUCAGAUAGAAAAACACCUUCCACCCCACUAGGAAAACUGUCCCUGGAAACCAUUGCUGAGAAUGAUGAAAAUAGCAAACCGGGUUCAUGUGGCUUAAGCAAUACAACCAUAAAAUUGGGUAAGCAGAUUGAAACAGAAUCUGGGAACUGGUUUAUGGAAUUCUUAGAUAAAGCUUUGCAAAAUGGGUUGAAGAAACAGAAAGGAAAAGCAGCAGAUGGGGAAGCUCAGAAAGUUCCUCAGUCUCUAAUACUUAAGGUCAUUAAUUGGAUUGAGGUAGAACAAAGUGAUAGUAGUAAGAGGCCAGUACAUCCCAAAGCAGCACAAAUAGCUCGGAAGCUCAGGAUCAAGAUGAAGAAUCCUUGAGAAUUCUAUAAGGGAGUUUGUUUGGAUUAGAUUGAAUCCACCAUUUUUAUGUAUGUUGAUUGUUUGUAACGAGUUAUUGAGUGUGCUCACUUGUUUCAACUACUAUUAUAGGCCAAGUUUGUUGUUACUCA